AAGAACCACAAAUUUUGACUUGAAAAAAUCUGAGAGCAGUAAGUAGCUAAGCUUCGUAGACUUGGAGAAGGAAGAACGGAGAUGGAAGCUGCGGUUCUUUCGAAGCCGCAUAGGUACAAGUACGACGUCUUCCUCAGCUUCCAAGCCGAAGAAAAUAACUUCGCAGCGCGUCUCUACGACGCGCUAAGAAAUGAGUUCCGUGUCUUCCGCAACAACGAAGAUAUGGAGCGAGGGAGUGAGAUCAACAAAAGACUUGCCUCAGCCAUGGAGGACUCAGCAGCCUCCGUCGUCGUUUUAUCUUCUCGCUACGCUGAGUCUCUCUCGUGCUUAGAUGAACUAGCUAUGGUCUGCGAUCUCGGAUCGUCUCUGGAUCGUCCCAUUUUACCGAUCUUUUACAAGGUCGAUCCCUCUCAUGUACGCAAACAGAGCGAUUCUUUCGCUAAUGAUUUUGAACAACACAAAGAAAGAUUCAGCGAGGAAGAGGUAGAGCGAUGGAGAGACGCUAUGAAAUUAGUUGGAAAUCUCGCUGGUUAUGUUUACAGAGAACGGACGGAUAAGGAUAAUGUUAAGGUUGCGGAUAAGGUUAAGAUUGAGGAUGAGGAUGGCAUAAUAAAACUUGUGGUGAAGAAGGUUUUAGCUCAAGUGAGCAAUACACCAGAGAAAGUUGGAGAAUACACGGUCGGGCUUGAAUCACGUGUGGAGGAUUUGAUGAAACUUGUGAACGUUAAAUCCACUAGUGACGAUGUUCAAAUCCUUGGACUUUACGGUAUGGGUGGUAUUGGGAAGACUACACUUGCAAAACUUUUCUAUAACAAGAUCCUUGAGAACUUCGAGGACCACCGAGUUUUCAUCUCUAACGUUAGAGACAUAUCAUCAGGCCAAGAAGAUGGCUUACUCAAUCUACAACAAACUUUCAUCAAGUCACUUUUCGGUUCUGUACCUGAAAUAGAAGAUGUUAAGAGCGGCCGGGACAUGAUAAGAGGGAGAGUUCGUGCGAAGAAGAUUCUUGUGGUUUUAGAUGAUGUUGAUAAUGUAGACCAGGUUGAUGCGUUGAUUGGUGAAAGAAGUUGGUAUGGUGAAGGAAGUGUUAUCAUCAUCACAACCAGAGAUGAAGAGAUUCUGAGUAAGCUCUCUGUGAGCCAAAAGUAUGAGGUUAACUGCUUGAGUGAGGAGCAUGCCUUGAAGCUGUUUAGUUAUCAUUCACUACAUAAAGAAAAACCAACAGAGAGUCUUCUGGAGUUGUCAAAGAAGAUUGUCAAAAUAACAGGGAAGUUACCACUUGCUAUUGAAGUGUUUGGCUCGCAUUUGCGUGACAAGAAGGAAGAUGAAUGGCUAACUGAACUAGAGAAGCUGAAAAACACCCAACCAGGCGAUCUUAAAAGUGUUCUGGCGCUGAGUUUUGAAUCUUUAGAAGAUGAAGUGAAGACAGUCUUCCUCGACAUUGCGUGUCUGUUUCUUAAAAUGGAGAUGGCUAAAGAAGAAGUCAUGGACGUGCUGAAAGGUUGUGGGUUUAACGCUGAGGCUGCUCUCAGUGUCCUCAGACAGAAGUCUCUUGUUAAGAUAUUGUCAGACAAAGACAAUACUCUUUGGAUGCAUGAUCAGAUCAGAGACAUGGGAAUGCAGAUGGUGCUUAAUGAAAACCGUGAGGAUCCUGAAAUGAGAAGUAGACUCUGGGAUCGUGGUGAAAUCAUGAAUGUAUUAAACUACAUGAAGGGAACAACAUCCAUCCGAGGAAUUGUAUUAGACUUCCAAAAGAAGUUUGUGAGGCAUUCAACUGCAGUUGAAAUAUCGUCAAACAAUCCAGGCAGCAGCUCUGCGGUUAGCUACAUGAAGAAUAUAUUUGUAAAGUUUCCAGCAGAGGAGAGGCCUAAAACUUCUGAAAUCACCAUUCCUGUAGAGCCUUUUGCACCAAUGAAGAAGCUGAGACUUCUUCAGAUUAAUCAUGUGGAGCUUGAAGGAGAUCUUAAACUCCUCCCAUCUGAACUCAAGUGGAUACAAUGGAGAGAUUGCCCAUUAAAAGAUGUUCCACCAGUUUUUCUUCAUAGGCAACUUGCUGUUCUUGAUCUCUCAGAGAGUGGAAUAAGACGAUUCCAGAGUCUAUGGUUCAAGAAAGUGGAUGAGAACUUGAAGGUUGUAAACUUGCGUGGUUGCCACAACUUAGAAGCCAUUCCUGAUUUAUCAAACCAUAAAGCUUUAGAGAAGCUUGUUUUUGAGAGAUGCAAGCUUCUGGUGAAGGUUCCUAGAUCAAUUGGCAAACUGAGUAAAUUGCUUCAACUUGACUUCAGUUACUGUACAAAUCUUGCUGAGUUUCUUGUGGAUGUUUCUGGACUAGAGCAUCUUGAAAAACUCUUCCUCUCUGGCUGUUCAAACCUGAGUGUCUUACCAGAAAACAUUGGUGACAUGAAGUUCUUGAAAGAGCUUCUUCUUGAUGGGACUGCGAUAAAGAACCUACCAGAAACUAUAUGUGGCCUUAAAAGUCUUGAAAAGCUUAGUCUAUACGGCUGCAGAUCUUUUCAAGAGCUACCUGAAGACGUGAAGAAAUUGACAUCACUAGAGGAGCUAGAUGUUAGUGACACUGCACUGAAAAUCCUUCCAAGCUCUAUUGGAGAUUUGAUAAAUCUCAAGAAGCUUCAUCUGAUGCACUGCACAUCCCUUACUAAGAUUCCUGACACUAUCAACAAGCUCAAAUCAUUAAAGGAGUUUUUCAUCAAUGGAAGUGGAGUGGUGGAGCUGCCUCUAGACAUUGGAUCACUACAAAGUUUGACUGAAUUUUCAGCAGGAGGAUGCAAAUCUUUGAAGCAGGUUCCGAGUUCAAUUGGUGGAUUAAAUAAUCUCUUCCAACUUGAGUUGGAUCACACUCCAAUUGUAACUCUACCAGAAGAGACUGGUGACUUGCGCUUCAUUAAGAAACUUGAACUAAGGAACUGCAAAUCCCUCAAGUCUCUGCCUAAAUCAAUAGGAGGUGUGGACACACUCGAAACCUUAUACCUAGCAGGCUCUGACAUUGAAGAACUGCCUGAAGAAUUUGGAAAGCUUGAAAACUUAGUACUACUCCAAAUGAACAAGUGUAAGAAUCUCAAGAGGCUUCCCAACUCAUUUGGAGACUUGAAGUCUCUUUACCAUCUGUACAUGGAGGAAACUUUGGUGGUGGAGCUGCCAGAAAGUUUUGGAAACCUCUCAAAUCUAAUGACAUUGAAAAUGCUCAAGAGACCUCUCUUUAGAAGUGAUACUAAAGGUACAAGGGAAGAAACUGGUUUUGUAAUACCAAACUCUUUCUCAAAUCUCAAGUCCCUUGAGGAAAUGGAUGCGCGUAGUUGGGGAAUCACUGGUAAAAUCCCUGACGUUUUCGAGAAGCUUACAUCUCUGAAGAUACUCAACCUUGGGAACAAUUAUUUCCACAGUCUUCCUUCUAGCCUCACGAAGUUAACAAAUCUCAAAGAGCUUAUAUUGUAUGACUGCCAGGAGCUUACCUGCCUUCCUCCUCUUCCAUGUAACGUGGAGAAGCUUAACUUAGCAGACUGCGUUUCAUUAAAGAGUGUAUCCGACCUUUCGGAGCUGACGCUGUUGCAAGAACUCAACCUCACAAACUGUUUGAAAUUGAAUCAUAUUAAAGGACUAAAGAAGUUGAAGGCUCUGAAACGGUUAUACAUGAGCGGCUGUAACUCUACAUUCUCCAUUAAAGUAAAGGAAAAACUCUCCAAGGUUUCUUUGAAAAUGCUGAGGAAUUUGAGUGUGCCUGGAAACAAAAUCCCAGACUGGUUCAAGCAAGGACCUGUCAGGUAUUCAGCUCAACUGAACAGAGAGCUCAGAGGAGUGAUCAUUGCUGUUGUUGUGGUUGUUAACCAAGAAAGCAAAGAUGACUUCCAUGUCCCUGAUGUGUUGGGGAUACAAGGCCAAAUUCUCGAACUUGAUAAAGUUAGAGUCAACCACAUGUUAAACCUCACUGGAGUGCCGAAAACAAGUGAUGAGCAACUCCACAUCUGCAGAUACUCACAUCACCACCCAAUGGUUACGAUGUUGAAAGACGGGUACACUAUACAGGUGAUCAAACAGAAAAUGGCAAUCAAACAAGACGCUAAGCUAGAGAUGCAUGGGAUCCAUCUGGUUUACGAGGGGGAAGAUGAUUUAACAGCCAAAGAAGAUGGCUGUUUAGAUGAGACGCUGCAAACCGUUUCUCAGAAACUAGCAAAGUUUUUCAGCUCUUCUGCAAAAGUUGAAGCCAGCUCACAAGGUGGUGCUACUGUUACAUGAUGGAGAAACUAAGAAACUGCACUCAAACCGGUGCGGUAAUACAUAAACAAACAAAAAAAAGACAAAAAAAAAAGUGUUGUUCAUAUUUGGAGACAUGGUGUGUUUGACUGUUGUGUUUUUCUUUCUACGUACUUUCUUUUUACCUUUGCUUUUGCAAUCAAUAUAUAAAAAAAAAACAAAAAGAGGAGACUCUUGUUUCCCAUGA